CUACAGUAUCUGAUGAGGAAGUAUGACAAAGUUUUUGGGUCUCUCAAAUUAGGUGACUGACUGGUAGCCAUAGUCCACAGAAACUCCAAGACAAUCGUCAUGGUUCGACUGAAGCUACACAACAUUUUAUUCCUUGUACUUUUCUGCAACUCAAAUGGACAAUUUGACCAUUCUAGGAGGCACCCAUGGAGGGACAGAUUUGUACCAAUUGACCGAUACUGGGCUCUUCAUGAGAGAGAUAAACCACAGAAAACAAUUAAUCCUUCACCAAGGUUCGUUCUGCUGGCUCCAGAUGUGCUGAGGACAGACAGCGAUGAGAACAUCUACUUACAGGCUGAUAGUGUGUCUGACCCCAUGGCUGUCUCCAUCCUGAUCCAGGACGUCAGGGAGGCUGUCACGCUUUUACAGGACUCGGUCACACUAAAUCAGGCAAAUGGAUUCAGCACCCUCAAACCUAUACAGCUUUCCUCUGAUUUACUGAAUCGCGAAGAAAAGAAGAAGAAAUUUGUGACUUUGAAAGUGACCUUUGGAGGUUUCCACGUUGAGAAGAGGAUAAUAAUGGUAACCUUUCACUCUGGGUACAUCUUUAUCCAGACAGACAAACCCAUCUACAACCCAGGAGAUACCGGUGAGAACAGAGGAUAUUCAUUAAAACUUCAAAGAAAACUUCAAAAUAAAGAUUUCACCUCUCAGUUUCAGGUGAAGAAAUAUGUGCUCCCUGCCUUCAAUGUUACCUUAACACCCAAGAAAUCCUUCCUUAGCUUGGAUGACAGUGAACUGGUAGUAAAAGUCUCAGCCAGGUACCUGUAUGGAGAGCCAGUCCAGGGGACAGCUUAUGUUGUGUUUGGAGUCAAGAUCAAUAAAGAAAUGAUAAGAUUACCUUCAGUGAAGCAGGUGUCAGACUCUGAUGCAGGGCUAGAUUCUCUGUUCACAACAUUAAUUACGUCAGUGGUUAUUUAUAUAUAUAUUUUGGAUUGUUUGAUGAUCAUUACAGGAAGUGAUCUGGUUGAGGCCGAGAAGUCUGGCAUUAAAAUUGUGGAAUCUCCCUACGUCUUAUUGUUCCAAAACAUACCAAAGUACUUCAAGCCAGGCCUGCCGUUUGACUUCACAAUUCAGGUGAGCCACCACGAUGGUUCCAUGGCUCGUAAUGUCCUGGUUAAGCUGAACUUGCUGGACACGCCAUUAGUCGUGUCCUCCGGAACCACCAGAGCUGCCAUCAACAUGCCCAAGAAUAAUCAACCACAAACCAUCAUUGCUGAAACUGCACAGGAUGGCUUGAGACCAGAGCAGCAGGCAAAGCAACAGUUCACUGUUCAGCCCUACAACACCUAUGACCAUGAAAAGAACUACCUGCAUGUCUCCACAGGAGCUACCACAGUGUCUUUAGGAGAAAGACUGUCCGUGAAGCUCACAGUCAGUCCUGCAGACGAGUCGUUCAGAGGAUUCAUCAAACAUAUCACCUACCUGUGUUAUUCUACUCUUCUUCCCCCAGCCAUGCAGUGUCCAGGCAAUGCCAGAAGGCGGCGCUCUGCUGAACUGCUGCGACGUAAAGCACAGCUGGAGAGUCACUACAAGGAGAAGCUGCAGUAUCGUUGCUGUAAAGAUGGCCUUCGGGAGAUCCCGAUGCCGUACUCUUGCACACGACGCUCCCUCUACAUCACUGAAGGAUGGGAGUGCAUCCGGGCGUUCCGCUAUUGCUGCGCCACACUGAGGGACCAGCCGUUUAACACGGAGAUUCCUACGACACCGUCACCCACUACAACACCUGUUCCCACCACCUCUGCUGCUCACAUUAUUACGCCACAUCGGAGAAUACAUCUCUCGCGAGAGAACUUCCACUGGAUAUAUCUUUCACCUGGACAACCUGCACUAUCUGGACGACCUGGACUGCCUGGACUGCCUGGACUACCUGGACCACCUGGACCUGAAACUGAAGUAUUGCGUUCACUUCCCGGCCAGCCUGGACCAACUGGGCGUGAAGUGUACCUUGAGACAAAUGUGAGGAAAACAGAGGAUGAAUACAAUGUGCUUAGUUCAAUUGCAAAAGAGAUCAUCGAAGAAGGCGAAGAGGAAGAAGAGUAUACAGAUGAGGCUGACGUAUAUCUGCGUUCCAAGUUCUAUGAGUCUUGGAUGUGGAUGGAUGUUAACCUGCCCAAUCAGGCAGAUAGAGACAGCAGAGACGGGCUGGCCUCGCUGACAAUGGGGGACCCUUUACCUGAUAGCAUCACAGAAUGGGGGCUUCUGGCUGUCAGUGCAUCACCCCACACAGGUUUCUGUGUUGCGGAGCCCCACAACUUCAGAGCGUGGAAACGUUUCUUUGUGGAGCUGAAGCUGCCGUUUUCAGUGGCGAGACACGAACAGGUUGAAAUAAAAGCUGUGGUCCAUAACUACGGCUCUGAGGAACUACAUGUCAGGGUGGUGCUCAUGAAGACUGAAGGCAUGUGCAGCAUUGCUUUCAAGGACAGACACACACAGGAAGUGACAGUGCCAGCUGGCUCUUCGAUAGCUGUGCCGUACACCAUUGUGCCGCUGGUGGUGGGAAAACAUCCCUUGGAGGUGAUGGUGCUCGGGAGAGACAUGGCGGGAGGAGACCGUAUCCAGAAGCUUUUACGGGUAGUGCUCGAUGGAGUGCAGAAGACCGAAGUUUGGAGUGUGGUGUUGAACCCAUCCGCUGAGGGGGGAACGCAGACAGUCCGUGUCGGAAAGAUUGAACUGGAGUCAGUAGUGCCAAACUCUCAACCUGAGUCAUUGAUCAAUGUCAGAGGCAGCGUGUUAGCAGACAGCAUUGAGAACUCCAUCAACGAGGACUCUCUGGGGUCUCUGAUCAGGAUGCCUGGUGGCUGUGUGGAGCAGAACCUAGCCUCCAUUACUCUGCCCCUCAUUGCCACCCUCUACUUAGACCGAACUGACAACUGGGAGAGCGUAGGCGUGCAGCGCAGGGCAGAGGCUCUCAAGUACAUCAAGAGAGGCUAUGACAAUCAGCUGGCAUACAGAAGGCGUGACGGCUCUUACCCGCCCUACAGGAGGGAAGGAGCGAGUACCUGGAUCACAGCAUAUGUGGUAAAGGUGUUCUCCAUGGCUCACUCCAUCAUGGGCAUUGAGAAGCAACAAGUGUGCGACCCUCUGGUCUACCUGGUGACGAACAAACUCAGAGAAAAUAAAGGAAUAUAUGUAGAGGACAACCCCGUUUACAGCACUACCAUGACGGGCGGUCUCCGUGGCGAUGACCCAGAGAUAACACUUACCGCCUUUGUCCACAUCGCACUAGCUGAGGCCAAGCAGGCAGGGAUCACCUGCGUCAUUCCUGGUUUGGAGAUGGAGAAUGCCAUGGGUAAGACGACACAGUACUUGACCAAUGCACUGACUAGAAAUGGGAGGAGACCGUACACCGUGGCCAUCACCUCUUAUGCUCUGGCUCUUGCGGGGGCACCUCACAAUGUUCAUCAACCGUUACUCGAAGCUGCAGCCCGAGGUGGCAGCCACUGGCCUGACAGGGAAAACCACUUCUUCACGUUGGAGGCGACCGGCUAUGCCCUGCUGGCUCUUAUUAAGUUGGGUCGCAUGGAGGAAGCAGCAGCAGCCUUUAAAUGGCUGAACAGCCAGCGAAGAAGAGGAGGCGGCUUUGGCUCUACUCAGUCCACCAUGGUGGUGCUUCAGGCACUGUCAGAGUAUAUGAUCAAGAGACCUCCUCCUGAUGACCUCAGUCUGGAUGUAGACAUCAGGAUCACUGGACGCAGAGACAUCCGCUACCAUUUUAACCCAAGGACAGCCUAUGGUGCUCGCUCAUCCAAGUUGCCUGCUAACCUUGAUUUGGAAGUGAGAGCUCAAGGAAACGGACAGGGAAUACUUGAGGUUGUGACCCAUUAUAACCAGCUGCAUGAGGUGGAUGAGAAAAUGCCCUGCCAGCACUUUGAGCUCAGUGUUGCUGUUGAAGAGUCCCAGGAAAAGCCUCCAGCAGAUGUAGAAAAGUCCUAUCAGAUCACCAUCAAAGUGAGGGCUUUAGGACCCAGAGAUGUCAGGAUGGUGGUUCUUGACAUCAGUUUGCCCACUGGCUUCACCCCAGAAAACUCAGACCUGGAGAUGUUGUCCAACUCAGUGGAUCAUUACAUCAAUAACUUCCAGAUAGUAGAUAACCUGAGUGACAGGGGAUCCCUGAUCAUCCACCUGUUUAAGGUUUCUCACAAAGAGCCUGAGAUCCUAAUAUUCAGACUCCAGCAGACCUUCAAAGUUGGCCUCCUGCAGCCAUCCUCAGUGACUGUUUACGAGUAUUACAACCCAGACCGCCGCUGCAGUCGUACUUACACCCCGCGUGAGAACAAGGAGCAGCUCAGCCAGAUCUGCAGAAACAACGUCUGCCGCUGCACACAGGGUGACUGCUGCAUUUCCAAAGCGGACAGUGAAAACUUCCUCAGCAAAGAAAGAGAGACGUUUGCUUGCAAGAGCUUACACCAUGUUUUCCAGGUGAAGGUGCUGAAUGUCAUCCAGAGUUACUACGACAAAUAUGAGAUGGAGAUCACGCAAGUUAUCAAACUGGGUCUGGAGGGUGGAGUUGGAGCGGGUCAGACGAGGAUCUUCAUGUCUCACGGAGGUUGCAGAGAUGGACUAGACUUGAAGCAGGGCUCCCAAUACCUCAUCAUUGGCCCCAAGGAGGACCAGUGGAACGUUGAUACUGAAACCAACAAGUUCAUCUACAUGUUGGGGAAGGACACCUGGGUGGAGCGCUGGCCUUCACCUGCAGAGUGCAGCCACCCCAGCCUGCAAGCUAAAUGCAGGAGUCUAAGCGACACUGCCAACGAACUGUCGGUCAACGCCUGCAGGCUGUAGAGGUGUCAGGGCGGCUGUUGCACACUAUUUUGUGGCCAAUAAAAAGGAAAUAAUUUUGUAUGCGCAACUUACUGUGUAGCCCUGAUAAAGUCUUUCAAUCUAUAUUUAGUUUUCUCUGUGAAAAGGGAAGUGAGAGUCUUGCCAGUUACCAUAACUUUGAACAAGAAUGAAGAAGUAUAAACCGCAGAGAGAGAUGUGUAAUUAUUCUUUGUUUUGCAUAUUUGUCGCACUUACAUGUUUGAGAUCAACUUAAUUUUGAUGCUGGACAAAGAAAAUACACGUAAUUAUAAAAUGCAUUUUUUAAAAUUGUGUUUUUAUUAAGGGGAAAAAAGGCUAUUCAAACCUACCUGACCCUAUUUGAAAACAUAAUUGCCCCAUAAACUGUUUUUUCACAUUACUGUGGAGGAAUUUUUUUGCUUACCCUUCUUUGCAGAAUUGUUUAAUUUAGCUACACUGGAAGUUUUUACGAUCAUGAAUGGCCAAUAAGUCCAAUCGAAAGCAUUUUAAUUGGCUUUAGGUCUGGACUUUCAUUAUGCCAUCACUUUCUGGUCUGCUUUGGGUCAUUGCUACAUAACCAAACUUAGCUUGUGUUUUCAGGCACAAAAUGAUGGCUGGAUUUUCUGGUAGAAAGCAGCAGAGCAGCCCAGACCAUCACACUAACACCACCAUGUUUGACUGUUUUUAUGAUGUUGAUUUAUAACAUGCUUUUAAUUUGACACCAGAUGUCACAGGAUUCAAACCUUCCAAAAAGUUAAACUUUUGUCUCGUCAGUCCACACAAUAUUUUCCCUGGAGUCAGAUGUUUUGGGGCAAAUGUGAGACAAGUCAUUGUGGCAGUGGUUUUCUGAUUGUAACUCUGCCAUGGAUGCCAUUUUUGUUCAGUCUCCUUCUUAUUGUUGAACCACGAAAUCUGACCAUAACAGAGGAAAAUGAUGUCUGCAGUUCUUCAGAUGUUGCUCUGGGGUCUUUCAUGAUCUCCUGGAUGAAUAGUCAGUGCACUCAUGAAGUCAUUUUAGGCUGCAACUCCUGGGAAGUUUCACCACUCUUCCCAGUUUUCUCUGUGUGUAGAUAAUGGUUCUCUCUGUGGUUCACUUGAGUCCCAAAACCCUAAGCUUUGUAAAGCUUAACAAACCGAUAGAUAUGAAUGAUUGUAUUUUAAAUCUGUCCUUGAAUUUCUUUAGAUUGUUUCUGACCUUCUUUGAUCUUGUAACUUCACUUUGUCUGACAGAUUCUAUUUAUAUGAUUUCUUGAUUCAGUGCUCUUCUUGUUGGCUCUGACUCGGUAGAUAACCGCAUGAAUAAUGACGUUAUUUUCACCUCUAAAGUUGCCUCACUGCUGAACACAGAUCAAGAUCAAUUUAUCUUAAAGGACAAGCAAGUGCAGUGUGUGUGUGUGUGUGUGUGUGUGUGUGUGUGUGUGUGUGUGAGAAUAAGACUUUUGAGAGAUAAAAGUUGAGUACUGGUCCAACUUUUUUUCUUUUUCAAUGGUGGAUUGUUUGUAUGGCAAACAUCUUUAAUGACAUAAAAAA